GCCUACAAUUAUUAUGCUAGACUACCGCACUUACUCACUAAACAAUCACAAACCCACCCGCGUUGGCCUGGCCAAAACAAAAGCUUGGGGGAAAAACAAAAAUAUAGCCUGGCAAAAUUACCGUAGAUAAUUAGUGAGACUACCACCACGACUACCACCACGACUACCACAACUACCAAACUUUACUAUGUCGAAGUUGUCUAUGUCACUGGCCCUCGAGAAGAGAAUCCGAGCAUUUCUUCAAGGACCUCGGAAAGGUGAAACUUAUGAAUUAAGAAGUGGAUUAGUAUCUCAAUAUAAGCAUGAAAGAAAAGAUGCUAUUCAACGAGUAAUUCAAGCCAUGACAAUUGGUAAGGAUGUUUCAUCAUUAUUUCCUGAUGUUUUAAAGAAUAUUGCUACUUAUGAUUUAGAACAAAAGAAAUUGGUUUAUUUAUAUCUUAUGAAUUAUGCUAAAACUCAUCCUGAAUUAUGUAUUUUAGCCGUUAAUACAUUUGUUCAAGAUACUGAAGAUCCAAAUCCUUUAAUUAGAGCUUUAGCAAUUAGAACUAUGGGAUGUAUUAGAGUGGCAAGAAUGGUAGAUUAUAUUGAAAUUCCAUUACUGAGAACUUUAAAAGAUGAUAAUCCUUAUGUUCGUAAAACUGCUGCUAUUUGUGUAGCUAAAUUAUUUGAUCUUAAUCCUGAAAUUUGUAUUGAAUUAGGAUUUUUAGAUGAAUUAAAAUCUCUUAUAAAAGAUUCAAAUCCAAUGGUGGUUGCAAAUGCUCUUAAUGCUUUAUAUGAAAUUAAAGAUAUGAAUGAUGAUAAUAAUUUACAAAUUUUUAUUAUAAAUGAAGAAAUUAUUAAAAAUUUAUUAUUAUGUUUAAAUGAAUGUACUGAAUGGGGUAGAAUUACAAUUUUAACUACAUUAAAUGAUUAUUCAACAAAUGAUAUUGAAGAAGCUAAUCAUAUUAUUGAAAGAGUUAUUCCUCAAUUACAACAUGCAAAUCCAUCAGUUGUAUUAAGUUCAAUUAAAGUUAUUUUACAUCAUUUAUCAAUUAUUCAAAAUAAUGAUAUUAAACAAUCUAUAUUAAGAAAAUUAUCUGCACCAUUAGUUUCAUUAGUUAGUUCAUCAAUUCCUGAAGCUCAAUAUGUUGGAUUAAAAAAUAUUAGAAUUUUACUUGAAAAGUAUCCUCAAAUUUUAUCAAAAGAAUUAAGAGUUUUCUUUAUAAAAUAUAGUGAUCCAUUAUAUUUAAAAUUAGAAAAAUUAGAAAUUAUGAUUCGAUUAGCUAAUGAUAAUAAUAGUGCAUUAUUAUUAGGAGAAUUAAAAGAAUAUGCUAUGGAAAUUGAACCUGUAUUAGUUUCAAAAGCAAUUAAUUGUAUUGGAUCUGUAGCAAUAACUUUAGCUGGUAGUGUUAUAAAAUCAAUUAAUUUAUUAAUUAAUUUAAUUGAUGAAAGAGGUGGAGAUUUAAUAAUAAAUGAAUCUAUUAUUGUAUUAACUAAUAUAUUAAGAAGAUAUCCUGGUAAAAAUGAUUUAAUAACUUUAGUUAUUCCUGUUAUUGCUAAUCAUAUUAAUGAAUUAAAUUCAAAUGAUUCAUUAUCAGCUUAUGUUUAUUUAUUAGGUGAAUAUCCAAAAUAUUUUUCUCAUUUAUCGGAUAAAUUAAAAAUUCUUAUUGAUGGAUUUUUAGAAUUUGAUUCUUCUUUACAAUUAUUAAUUUUAACUACGAUUGUUAAAAUUAAUUUAGUACUUUCAGAUUCUCAAUCUCAAUAUUCAAAUUAUUUACAAACUGUAUUAGAAUUAGCUACAAAAGAUUGUGAAAAUGCUGAUGUUAGAGAUAAAGCUUAUAUAUAUUGGAGAUUAUUAUCUUCAUCAUCUUCAUCAGAUACUAAACAUCAAAUAAUAUUAAGUAAAUUACCUCCUAUUAAAACAACAAUUUCUUCAUUUAAUCCUGUUGUUUUAGAAGCUUUGGUUAGUGAACUUUCAACAUUAUCUUCAGUAUAUCAUAAACCAUCAUUUACAUUUAUUGAUCCUCAUGCUUAUACUUCAUUACAAUCUGAAUCAUCAGAUGGUGGUAAAAAACGGGUAAAAGCUAAUAAAUCUAAUAUUGAAGAUUUAACUAAAUUAGCUAAAGCAGAAAUUAUAAAUAAUUCUAAAAAUGAGAAUUUACUUGAUUUUGAUGAUGAUGAUAAUGGAAUUUCUGAUAAUGGUAAUGGAACUGGUUCUGCAAGUUUAUUAGAUGAAUUAAAUGAUUUAUUUAGUGCUCCACCUACUUCAACAAGUUCAAUUCCAUCAUCAGCUGAUUCAAAUACUAUUACUACUAAUACAAAUGGUGGUGAAGGUAGUAUUAAUGAUAUUUUAAAUUUAUUUAAUACUUCUCAACCAUCAGUAACUCAAGAUUUUAAUAAUUUAAAUCUUUCAAAUUCUACUUCUUCAUCGACUACAAAAUCAACUAAACCAUCACAAGAUUUAUUAGAUCUAUUUUGAAUAAGAAUCAUACAUUACACUUUUCUAAAACCUAGUAAUUUUACAUACAUAUAUAAUACAUUAUUAUUAAUAUUAUUAAUAUUAUUAUUAUUAUUAUUAAACCUCAGCUAGUAGUUUCCUUAUUAUAUCGUCUUUUAAUUGAGUUUUCUUAUCGGUAUCUCCCUUUGUUAUAUUAUGUUUGAAUUG